GGAACGAUGCUGACGGCCGAUGGUGCCAUUGAAUCCGACGUCACUCACAGAGUCAACGCUGGCUGGCAAAGAUGGAGAGCCCUCUCUGGUGUUCUUUGCGAUACAAGAAUGCCAAUCAAAGUCAAGGGCAAAGUUUACAAAACAGCCGUGAGACCGGCAAUGAUGUACGGUGCUGAAUGCUGGGCAAUCAAAAAGGCGCACGAACAAAAAUUACAUGUGGCAGAGAUGAAGAUGCUGAGGUGGGCGGCUGGAGUAACAAGACUCGAUAAAGUGAAAAAUGAAUACAUCAGAGGUAGUUACAAAGUUGCGCCCAUCACAGAUAAAGUCACGGAAAGUAGGCUUCGCUGGUAUGGCCACGUGAUGAGACGCCCCGAAGACCACGUAGUUCGGCAAGCCUUGGCAUUGCCGAACAGGGAAGCAAACAGAAAAGGAAGACCUAAAGCCACGUGGUGGUCUACUGUGACCCGCGACUUGGAACGAGCCCAACUUACCCCAAGGACAACUCAGGACAGACGAACGACAUUGGACUAA